ACUUGGGUGAAUGUUGACCCGCAAGAUAUGAUGUUUUGACAUAGAAUCACAAAAACACAAUGCCAUACAGUUACUCAGUUAUAAUGUCUAAACUGGCGUGAGUCCAUGGCAUAACGAGCCAGUCGCGCCUUACACGCAACAUGCUCAACUUGACACGUAACUGAGUCAUGGUGCUACAGCUGUCACUGGCGAGCCAUCAGCUUUAGGGUGGAUCCAGAUUCUGUGAGGGGGAAAGAAAUGGCCGAGAGCUGUGUUGUCAGGAUGGCAUCAGCACCACUGAGGAGGAGUUCACGAGAGAGGAAGAAAAAUGUGUGUAGCAUGUUUGAGUACGACAAGGUUUGUUUGCCUUCAAAGAAGAAGGACAGGACUCCAGUAUCCCCUGACAGAAGAAGCACAAGGACCUCAACUGGUGAUGAAGUGCACAAGAGUAGUACAAAGAUGUCCAGGUGUGUAUCUGGACAGAUGCAGCAGGAAGAGAGUAACAAAGUUCUGUGUUGUCCAGAGUCAUCCAAAGUUGGUACGGUCAAUACAGCAUCACCAGCAGAGAAGGGGGAUCAACUUGGGUCUCAUCAACAGGAUGUGGCUACAGGUCCAAGAAGACUGAAGCAUGUGACUGCAAGUGUUAGAGAACAGCAGGAUGUGAUUCCAGGUGUUAGAGAACAGCAGGAUGUGAUUCCAGGUGCUAGAGAACAGCAGGAUGUGGUUCCAGGUGUUAGAGAACAGCAGGAUGUGGUUCCAGGUGCUAGAGAACAGCAGGAUGUGGUUCCAGGUGCUAGAGAACAGCAGGAUGUGGUUCCAGGUGUUAGAGAACAGCAGGAUGUGGUUCCAGAUGUUGCAGAACAGCAGGAUGUGGUUCCAGGUGUUACAGAACAGCAGGAUGUGGUUCCAGGUGUUAGAGAACAGCAGGAUGUGGUUCCAGGUGUUACAGAACAGCAGGAUGUGGCUGCAAGUGUUACAGAACAUUGUGAUGUGGCUGCAGGUUCUGGAGAACAGGUGGGUAAGAAAUACCUGGAUAAACAUUCUGAUGGUUCAGACUCACCCAAUAUGGUGCCCCCUGGUUAUAAAAAAUCCAGUCUAAGAACAAAUUGUGUACUUCAAAAUAAGAAAUCUGAUAGAAGUCAUGAGAACAUUGGUGAAUAUUUGACUGACAGUCUGGUGUCCCUCAAUGAAAGUCAAGUGCCCAAAGUCCCAUCUCACCCAGAACAUGCCAUAAAAACACCUCUAAGAUCAUCAUCAGAUGAGAGUGAGCAGGAUGAUUCUUCUCCAAUAAGAAAGAGAACACGGAAGUUCCGGAUGAAUAGGUCAGAAAGGAAAAAAUGCUUCUGUUCAUUUUGUGGCAAGGGGUUCAUCAACCAGAGUCUUCUUGUCACUCAUGAACGCUGUCACUCUGGUGAAAGGCCAUAUGCAUGUUCUAUCUGUGGACAAAGUUUCGCCCUCAAGUCCAACAUGCAUCAACAUGAACAACUUCACUCAGAGGAUCGGCCUUUCAUGUGUGAGGUCUGUGGCAAGUGCUUCAAGACCAGGUCCUACUACAAGGAACAUAGCAAGACUCACCAAGUUGUGAAAAGCAUCAAGUGUGAAGUCAGUGACUGUGACAAAACCUUCUCUAGUAAAACUAAUUACCAGGCUCACUUGUUGUACCACAAAGGGGAGAAGCCCUAUGUUUGCAAAGAUUGCCACAGGACAUUUCGUCGAAAACAGGCACUGAAAAAGCAUUCAUUAAUGCAUUCAGGACUAAGGAAAUUUGAAUGUUUGUCAUGUGGAAAGGACUUUGUCCACCAAGAUGCCUACCAUGCUCAUGUCCGGCUUCAUGACAAGAAGCCGUUUUCUUGUGGAGUGUGUAAAAAGUUCUUUGCCUCAGAAGAUGAGAGGGAGUCUCAUCAGGUGCUCCAUUCUCAGUACCCAUUCUAUAGCUGUGAAUUCUGCCAUCGCAGUGGCAUGCACUUUCAAGAUCUGUCAAAACAUAUGAAGAAACAUGGACUUCAGAUUUUAAGCAAUAUCAAAUGUCCUAAUUGUCGGAGGUCAUUUGCAACACAGAAUAUAUUCAACCAACAUACCGCUGUAAUAAGUCUAACAUGUUCUGCAUGUGGAGUACCCCUGAAAUCAGCUUGUAUGUAUUACUCUCACAGAAACAGCCACAGGAACAACGGUCAUGUUCAACAUGAUCACAUCUUUGGUCAUGUCUGUGACAUCUGUGGGAAGGACUUCCAAAAAAUGUCUCUGCUUAAGAACCACAAACUUAUCCAUGGUGAGACAAGGUUCAAGUGUGACGCUUGUGGCAAGGAGAGUAAGACCAAACCAUGUCAUGUCGCACAUGUCAAGACACACAGUGGCUUGAAACCCUUUUGUUGUGAAGUAUGUGGAAAAUACUUUGUGUCUCUUACCAACCUUCAGAAUCACCAGCUUAUCCACACAGGGGAAAAACCUCAUGGCUGUCUUAUCUGCCAUAAGUUUUUCAGGACACGUGCCUUGCUUCGCGAACAUGGGAAUGUUCACUGUAACAAGAAGCGUUUCAAAUGUGAACAAUGUGGUAAGGAGUAUACAAGCAGGACCAAUUACAUAAAUCACCUCAACGUCCAUAAAGGUCAAAGAAACUAUGAGUGUGAACUCUGUGGGAAAAAGUUCUUUGCUAAGUAUGUGAUGCGAAAACAUAUGCAGAUCCAUACAGGACAGAAGAACUACCAGUGUGAUUUUUGUGGGAAGAAGUUCAUUCAGCAUGGGAAUUGGUUGAUUCACCGACGUUCACACACAGGUGAGCGACCUCAUAGGUGCGAGCAGUGUCCGGCCAGCUUUGUCAACUCAUCACAGUUAAAGUCUCAUAGGAGAAGAGUCCAUGAUCAGAAGAAGGAAGAAAUGUGUGAUAAAUGCUUUAAACAUUUCUAUGACAGGAAAGGUCUUCUGUCACACAUGAAAAACAUACAUGUUCGAAAAGAAAAUGCUGAGAUAUUUGCAUGUAACAAAUGUGAUAAGCUGUUUGUUUCCAAAGAAAAUUAUUGUGUCCAUGAAGGUGUAUGUAAGGUGCCCAAAAAACCCUUACCUAGCCUACAGCCAUCAAUUCUUCAAAGUGUCUUGAGAACAGUCUACUCUAAAGCAAGCAUGUCGUCCUAUGGUGAGAAAGAGGAUACUGGAUCUAAUCAUACAGGUCAGAUGUUACAGGAAGAAGACUUCCUUUUUCAGUUUGAAUCUGUGAAAGUUAAGAAAGACAAUGAAUUAGAAGGUCAGGACACAGAGCUUUCUCACCCAUCUCUUCCCCAAGCAGCCCAGCAGUUUAAGUUUCAUUCUCUUCCUUGUGUUGACGACAACAGUGACGGUUUGACUGGAGAUAAUAUCGAGAUCGUUGAGAUUAGUGAGUCGGUGAUAGAAGCAGAUUUAUCAAGUCCGAAAGUAGAGAUGAGAGAUGAAGAGGCAUCUGUUGCUGCUGUAGACAUCGGUGAAGUUGUUGUGGACACAGACAUUGGUGUAGCAGAGGGGAGAGAAGAUGUAUCUAUUGCUUCUGUAGACAUCGAUGAAGUUGUUGUAGGCACAGAAAUAACUGGAACAGAGGUGAGUGAAGGGGCAACUGUUGCUGCUGUCGACAUUGGUGAAAUUGUUGUACACACAGACAUAGGUGUAGCAGAGGGGAGAGAAGAGGUAUCUGUCGCUGUUGUUGACAUCACCCAAGUUGUUGUAGACACAGACUUAGAUGUAACAGAGGGAAGAGAAGAGGAAUCCUUUGCUGCUAUAGACAUCCGCGAAGUUGUUGUGGACACAGACCAAGGUGUAGCAGAUGUGACAGAAGAGGCAUCUUUUGCUGCUGUAGAUACAGGUGAGGAUGUUGUAGAUGCAGACAUUGAUGUAACAGAGGUUGAAGUCAGUGAUGCUGUGGUGCAGUCAACCCUUCCAGAGAUGGAGGUCAAGCUGGAAGCUGUAGUGCUGGAGUCCACUGUCCAGCCUCUGCAAAGAGCUUUUGCUAAAAGUAGUGAAAGAACACAGUCUAGCGGUGUGGAAAAUGAGGUUAUGGGAAAUGCAAACACUGAGUCCCUUUACACAUUUGACAUCGUUAAUGAACCCCAACGCCCAACUGCUGUGGAAACUGGAACCAUGUCUGUACAAGAAGCAAAUGACACUCAAAGUACUAGGUCAUGUCAUGAAGCAGCAAAGGUUACAAAACCAAAAGCAACUUGGACAAUGAGUGGAAGUACCUCCAUGUUCCAGUGUUACUUGUGUAAGAAGGUGCUGGUGUCUCGAAGAGAAGCCAGACUGCAUGAGAAGGUCCACCAGGCAGAUCUACUGUAUCAGUGUAGCCUGUGUGGGGCUCAGUUUGGGACGGCAGCCACACUCACCAACCACCUCAAGACACACUGUCAAGUCCAGGGUCAUCCAGAGAAUACAGUUAUUGAUGAUGGCAGAUCAAGGCACAUCCAUGAAGGUUCUUUGUGUGGAAAGUCACGUAUACGAACAUAUUCUUGUGAUGUAUGUAACAAAGGAUUUUCCUUCAUUGGACUUUAUAGGCUUCAUACAGAUUCUCACAGGCUCAGCUGCUGCUUCAGGUGUUACAAAUGUGGCCGGAUAUUCCAAGACAGAAGAAGAUUUGAAUGUCAUAUCCAGUCUCAUUCCCAGAAGGGAUAUAAAUGUGGGGCUUGUGGGAAGAUGUUUGCCAUGGAAGUUGUUCUCAAGAUGCAUCAGAAAAGACAUUGUUGUCAUGGUUACCAAACAAACAAAUGAAUACCCAAAACUCUCACAACGGCAUGCCAACAACCAUGUCCCAAGGAUGCACUUACAACAAACAGAUUUUCUGUAAACACAGUGAUGCCAACCAUCAGAACCAGUGGCCCACCAUUCCUGUGGACAUUGAGAACCGAGUAAAAUGGCAUCCAUGUGUGGUGAUACAACCUUAAGAAAGAAGAACACUGAGAGACACCAAGUGGUUCAUAUGGCAGAGAUGAAAAACCUGUUGGAUCUGUGAUCUAUGUUUUUCCAAAGAAGUUACUUUUAGACAUCAUA